AUGACUGAUGGACUCAUAAGAGACCGAACUCGACGUAACUUUAUUUCAAACGAAAAGGAUAAAUACAAGCAUAUUAAGCUUCAGCCUCUUGAAGGAGGCCGUGGGCAGUUUGGAUUCCGCUUCCUUAACCAAAUCAAAUGGGCAGCGGCGAAAUUUAACUUUCAGUACCUACUUCGAAUCGAUGAUGACUACUUCCUGUGUUUAAAAAGGCUUCUUUCCGAGCUUCCAUCGAGGCCGAAACAAAAUCUGGUCUGGGGAUUUUUCCACUGUGAAGCAGGAAUCACAUGGAUGGAUGAAGCAUUUAUGAUAUUCUCUGAAGAUAUCAUUCAAAAGUUCUUGGCGCAGAACGAAAGCUCGAUGUUGUGUCAUCCACAUGCAGACCAACAAGUCAUGUUGUGGCUGAGCAAUAUUCUACACAAAACAUACUUCCACGAUACUAGGUUACAUCAUGCGCCUCCAGCGUCAUUUGUUGCUCGAUUUAGUAACAUCUCGAAUGUUUGUGACUCCCAUUUGGGCGCGCAUGGAGCAUACGUUAAGACCAUGUAUUAUCUUGGGCUGAGGGCUAAUGACAACGCUAAACACGUUUCAACUAUUCCUGAUUUUGCAAGAUUUUGUACCACAAAGUUUGAUCACCGUGCAUUUCAUCCUCACUGGCGAUAUGAACCCAAGCUCUGCAAAAAUAACCCAACAUGGAACAAAGGAAAUGAAAUGUGGGUUGGUAGAGAAGCUGGUCAAUUUUUUUAA